AUAAUUAUUAAAAAUAUAAUUAAAAAUAUAAAAAAACCGGGAUUUAAUUCCCAGAAAUCCCCCCUUGGAUUUUAACCCUUGAAUCCCCGAUUUUUUUCACCGCUUUCCCCCACUCCGAAUCCGCUUUUUCUGCCCCAAAAAUCCGUUUUUUGUUGUUUUUAUCCUCAUUUUUCUCCGUCCUCGCAUCCCGGCCGAGACCCUCCUCCAUUUUUCUUAUUUUUUUCCCAUUUUUUCUCAUUUUCUGCCUCGAUUUUCGGGCUUUUUCUCCCGUUAUUUUUCCCUUUUUUCCUGUUUUUAUUCCCCCCCAUUUUCCCGGUUUUUUCCCCGGUUCUUUCCCGUUUUUCUUCCCAUUUUUUUUUAUAUUUUUCCCCAUUUUUUUCCUCUUUCUUUCCGCGUUUUUUUCCCAAUUUUUCCCCUCUUUUCCCCCCUUUUUAAUUUUUAAAUUCCUUAAAUUCCAGCGCCCCCCCCCCCAUUUAAAAAUCCCUUUUUUUUAACCCCUUCAUUCCCUGCCUUUUUUUUCCAUGGAAACCCCAAAUCUUUCUUUAAACCCUUCCCAAAAUUUAAAAAACCGGGAUUUGGGUGGGAAUUAAGGAUCCCAAAAUCUGACCGGGAGCCGUCGGAAUUUUUGGGAUUUGGGAUUUUUCCCCCCCCAAAAAAUUCCCCAAAUAAUCCGGGAUCAACUCGGAAUUCCGGGACGAGAUGCAGGAGAGCUACGAGAGCGUCAUUUCCUUGGCCGAGGAGAUCGCCAUCAGCUGGCCGCGGAUCACCGCCUUCGCCGAAUCGCACCGGAGACGCGGCCUGGGCGCCGACGCCGUCCCGCCCUCACCGAGCGACAACGCCGAGCACGAGCCGCCUCCAAACCCGCUGGAAAAACCCCAAACCCCCGGCACGCCGCCGCCUCCCCACCCCAAACCCCCCCCGAGCCCCAGCGGCGCCAAACCCGCCACCCCAAAACCUCCACCCCAACCCCAAAAAACCAAAUCCGCCUUGAAGAAACUCCACCUGCGCUGCCACGACUGCGGCAAAGCUUUGGCGCUGCCCAAACGCCGGCGCGGGGCGGAACGACCCCAUAAAUGCCCGGAAUGCGGGAAGAGUUUUAGGUUGGGCUCGAGUUUGGUGACGCACCAAAAGCGGCAUUUGGGGGAAAAUCCCUACAAAUGCCCCGACUGCGGGAAAUCCUUCAGCGUGGGCUCGGCGUUCAUCCAGCACCGGGCGGAUCCACGGCGGCGCGGCGCCGUGCCGCUGCGGGGUUUGCGGGAAGAGCUUCCGGCGAGUUCGGGGUUGGUGAAGCACCAAAAGGUUCACGCGGAGGAGAAACCCUACAAAUGCGGCGAUUGCGGCAAGGGGUUCAACUGGAAUUCCCACCUGGAGCGCCACCGGAGGAUUCACACCGGGGAGAAACCCUACGAGUGCCGGGAGUGCGGGAGAGCUUUUCGUGGAGUUCCCACCUGGAUCGGCACCGGCGAACCCACGCCGCGGCCGAACCCGCCCGGCGCUGCGCCCAGUGCGGGGCGGCGUCGCCGGAACAACCCAAAAUCCCAAAAAACCCCAAAACCGGCAAAAAACCGGCGGAGAAACCGCAUAAAUGCGCGGAGUGCGGGGAAAGGUUUUGGCGUGGCGGCGGCGCUGGCGCAGCACCGGCGCGGCCACGCUCCCGGCAAACCCUACGAGUGCCGGGAAUGCGGGAAAAGCUUUUCCUGGAGCUCCCACCUGGAUCGGCACCGGCGAAUCCACAUGGGCGAGAAACCCUUCCGCUGCGGCAGCUGCGGGAAGAGUUUUUCCCAAAGCUCCCACCUGGAGCGGCACCGGAAAAUCCACCGGGAGCCGUGCCGGGAGUGCGGAAGGAACGAGGGGAGGAAAGAAGGGAAAAGCUUCCAAAAGCGCUGCCGGGUUUCGGGAGGGGAGGAGAGAUGCGGCGAGUGCGGGAAAAAUUCGGGUUCGGCGCCGGAUUUGGGGGCGAAUCUGAAGGAUCAAGGCACCCAAACCGGCGAGAAACCCUUCGCGUGCCCGGAGUGCGGCAAAAGCUUCGGGCAGAACUCGGCGCUGGCCAAGCACCGGCGCGUCCACACGGGUGAGAAACCCUACAAGUGCGCGGAGUGCGGGAAAAGCUUCGGCGUGCGCUCCAACCUCAUCAAGCACCAGCGCACGCACCUCGGCGAGAAACCCUACAAGUGCCCCGAGUGCUCCAAGGGCUUCAUCCAAAAAUCCGACCUCACCAAGCACCGGCGGAUGCACACCGGGGAGAAGCCGUACGAGUGCCGCGAGUGCGGGAAGCGCUUCAGCGUCUCCUCCAACCUCAUCAAGCACCAGCGGAUCCAUCUUGGGGAGAAACCCUUCCAGUGCUCCGAGUGCGGCAAGAGCUUCAUCCAGCGCUCCGAGCUCACCAUCCACCGGCGCGUCCACACCGGCGAGAAGCCCUACAAGUGCCGCGAGUGCGGGAAGUGCUUCAGCCGCAGCUCGCACCUCAACCGGCACCGCCGCACCCACGGCAAAGCCGCCGCCGCCGCCGCCUUCCCUCCUUCCUCCUCCUCCUCCUUCCCUCCUUCCUCCUCCUCCUCCCUCCCUCCUUCCUCCUCCUUCCCUCCUUCUUCUUCCUCCUCCUCCCUCCUUCCUCCUCCUCCUUCUCUUCUUCUUCUUCCUCCUCCUCCUUCUCUUCUUCCUCUCCGUCCUUCUCCUCCUCCUCCUCCUCCUCCUCGGCCUUCCGGCCUUCCCGGCCUCCUCGCCCUUGGAGCUGCCCUGGGCGCUGGCGCUGCCGGGCCGGGCGUUCCCGGGGUUCCCGGUGGGUAAUUAGGGAGGGGGGUUAAUU